GCACACGAGAAACUGCGCCAUCCCUGCUCGUGUUUGGGAGCACCAAAGAAUGCGUGAGAAACAUGAGUGAGACGCGGGCGCACUGCAGGCGCGGGGGACACGGGCAGCGGACGGACCAUGGCCAGUCUGGCAGAAUCCUCCUGGGCACUAAUGGGCGGAUAAAGCUGAAAAGAAGGGUGGGGGAGGGUUGUUUAAAAGAGCCAAAUAGAGCGGUUUAAUGAUUCAAAUGAUCCAUAGGGAGCUCGCGCGCGGCCUUAUCCAAGUCACAGCAAGCGCACUUCGGGAUGUCAGAAAGGCGAAAACACCUGAGACCACAACAACAACACCCCUGGCACCUGGCUGCGUGAGAGGCAAUGCGCACGCGCCCUCCAGCCUGACCACGCCCGCUGACGUCAUGCACCGCUCGUGCUCCGGUGUGGCCGCACACUCGCCAUGAUGGCCUCUGGCGGCUUCUGGCUGACCCGGGGGUUGCUGGCGGGGCUGCGGCGGCCGACGCUCGUCGUGCGCGCGGCCUGCGCCGCCACGAACCUCUGCCGCCCUCCCCCGCCCUUUUCUGGGUCCCCCCGUGGACGCCCGCUGAGCCUGUCAGCGGCCGCCAUAGUGGACGCGGCGCCCCGCCCCCUGCAGCCCUAUCUGCGCCUAAUGCGACUUGACAAACCCAUUGGAACCUGGUUGUUGUAUUUGCCAUGUACCUGGAGUAUUGGCUUGGCAGCAGAGCCAGGCUGUUUUCCAGACUGGUAUAUGUUGUCCCUUUUUGGCACUGGAGCUAUUCUGAUGCGGGGAGCCGGCUGUACAAUUAAUGAUAUGUGGGAUCAGGACUAUGAUAAAAAGGUUACAAGAACAGCAAAUCGACCAAUAGCUGCUGGAGAUAUUUCAACUUUUCAAUCUUUGGUUUUCCUUGGAGGACAGCUGAGCUUGGCACUGUGUGUACUCCUGUGUCUGAAUUAUUACAGUAUAGCACUGGGAGCAGCAUCAUUGUCUCUGGUGGUCAUUUAUCCUCUGAUGAAAAGAAUUACUUAUUGGCCACAGUUAGCAUUGGGACUGACUUUUAACUGGGGAGCAUUGCUUGGAUGGUCUGCCAUCAAAGGCUCUUGUGAUGUGUCUGUUUGCCUACCUCUUUAUCUCUCUGGAGUUAUGUGGACAUUAAUAUAUGACACUAUCUAUGCCCAUCAGGACAAAAAAGAUGAUGCCCUGAUUGGUCUCAAAUCCACUGCACUUCGGUUCAAGGAAGACACCAAGCAGUGGCUAAGUGGCUUCAGUGUUGUCAUGCUGAGUGGGCUGACUCUGGCUGGCCUAAAUUGUGACCAGACCAUCCCCUAUUAUGCUGCCGUGGCGGCCAUCGGCGCUCACUUGACCCACCAGAUUUACACUCUGGACAUCCACAAACCUGAGGACUGUUGGGACAAGUUCAUCUCCAAUCGAACAAUAGGAAUCGUGCUUUUCAUAGGGAUUAUACUUGGAAACUUAUUGAAAGAAAAGAAGCCAAAGGGGUCAAAGGAAAAUGGAGACCGUACUUUAGGCAAUUAACAAAUGAAGUUUAGGAACAUUUCAAACUAGGAACUGCAAAACUUUCUCUCGUUUUGUUACCAGAAAACUAUUUUGAAUAAUCAUCAAAGUGAAAAUGAUUGACAGAUGACUCUUCCAGGCAAUCACCCAGGAAGUCCUAGGUUAAACAGUUUUGAUAGCAAAAUUCACUCCAUCUCAGGUAUUAGCAGGUUCUCAACUCUUUUAAAGCUGGGUGUAAUUUUGAAUCUUUAGAUGAUCCUGUAGUCAUCUGCAUGACUUUAAAAUUAUUGGAAUUGUAUAAACUUUAGCACCUUUUUAGAAUUGUGAUGAGUAUCUCAUCCAAAAGGAAUGUAUUUUGGAAAAUAUACUCUUUUUAGAGAAAAUAAAAGCUGCUAUAGAAA